AAUUUGUUCCUUAUAUGUUAUAAUUUAGUGUGUAUUAUAUAUGAUUAUUUAUGAGAUAUUGUAAUAAAUACAUUGUUCUUAUUAUAUUUGUGUAUUUUAUUUUUAUUAUUAUUUAUUUAAUUAAUUUAAAUAAUUCUAACAUCCUUGUAUUAUCUAUUUUAAUCUAAUAUUAAUUUAACUUAAAUCUUUCUACAUUAGAAUAUUUACAAUUUUAUCAAUCUAGUCAAAGGAUUUAUAGUAUAAGGUUAUGGCUAAGAUGGAUCUAUCAUUAUUAAAAAGUAAAUUUCGUGGUUCAAUGCUUGGUGCUCUAAUUGGUGAUUGCAUUGGUAGUCCUUAUGAUAAUGAAGGUCAGUUGACACAUGGCACGAAAUUAGUUUUACAAAAAUCAUUUGAUAAAUUGGAAGGACCAAUAUUCAAAGCACCUGUCAUGCAAUUUACAGAUGAUUCUGCUAUGACUUAUUCCGUAGCUAAAUCUUUAAUUGAACAAAAGGAAUUAGAUAUUAUUGAUAUUGCAAAAAGAUUUGUUAAAAGUUAUUAUGAAGAACCAAAUCGAGGCUAUGGAAUGGGUGUUGUAACAGUAUUUCAAAAAUUACGAGGUAACAAAUUUAUAGACAUUGAAAGUCCAGCCAAGGAACAAUUUAAUGGUCAAGGUUCAUGGGGAAAUGGUGGAGCAAUGAGAAUUGCACCUAUUGCACUGUUUUCCUAUCAAAAUUAUGAUAAACUUUUAGAUACAGUUAGGAAAGUAACUCAAAUUACUCAUACACAUAAAAUCGGAAUAGAUGGUGCUAUUUUACAAGCAAUAGCAAUUUAUCAAAGUCUCCAUUUAAACCCUAAUGAAGAAUUAAAUGUAAUAAAUUUUAUUGAUGAUUUGAUUAAUAAAAUGGACCAAAUAGAAAAAGAUGAAGAAGGCUUAGGUUUGUCAGAACCGCAACCAUACAAAAUACAGUUAGGUAUAAUAAAAUCAUUAAUAUCAGAAAAUAAUGAAGGUCCACAUGAUGAAAAAGUCAUACAGAAAUUGGGGAAUAGUGUGGCUGCUUUAUAUUCCGUACCUACUGCAAUAUUUUGUUUUUUAAGAGCACAAAAACCAAUCAUAGCUAUACAAACAGAAAAUCCUUUUAGAAGAGCAAUUCAAUAUGCUAUUAGUUUAGGUGGUGAUACAGACACUAUCGGUAGCAUGACAGGGGCCAUUGCUGGUGCAUUUUAUGGAGAAGAAAAAAUUAGUAACAAUCUUUUACAACAUUGCGAAGCUUCAGAAGAAUUUAAAGUUUUAGGAGAUAAAUUAUUUGAAAUAUCAAUAGCACAAUAAAAGUUUUCAUUAUUUACAUAAUUAAAAUUGUAUAUAAAAUGUUUGUGAAUAAAAACUUUGUGGAAAUGUAAA